AUGGCAGCACCAAACAACAGCCAUGGACAAGAAAAUAAACCAUUCAUCAUCCAAAGAAUAUUCAAUAAGAUUACAUCCUCAAUGGAAAAUGGAUUUUAUAGCCUAGGAUUGCUGAUUGGUACCCAUCCACUGAAGACUGUGGUGCUGAGUGCUUUUUUAGUGGGGAUAUUUGCUGUGGGUGUGAUCAACUUUACAGAAAAUACAUAUUCUGAAUCCCUGUGGGUGCCACCAGAUGCUGAUGUAUGCAAGUACAAGGAAUGGGUUUCUGUCAACUUUCCCAGUACUCUACGCAUAGUCAGUGUCAUAUUUGUCUCUGGAAAUGUUUUAACAACAGGAGCUAUUCAAGCAAUGAACAGUCUCUACAACAGCAGUCUUACAUUGACAACGUCUGCAGGUAGCAGUUACACAGACAUAUGUUUUAAUGCUGGCUCAAACUGUUUGGUGAACAGCGUCUUAGAACUGUGGAGUUACAAUCAUGCCAGCAUCACUGGAGCUAGUGCCUCUGACAUUCUCAACACCAUCAACACUGCCACUGUCAGUCCCCUGUAUGGUCGGAUGUAUGACGUAACUACAGCCUUAGGAGGUAUAAUCUACAGUACAGGCACCACAGUCAGUGUUGCUAGAGCAGCUAAAAUGACCUUCUAUCUAAAAGGAGAUAGAGCAAGCGAAGAAGAAUCCAAGGACUGGGAAUCUAAAGCAGUGUCCCUAGUACUGAACUUACAAGACAGCUCAAUCACCAAUUACUACGUCUUGGCCACCAGGAGUUUUGAAGAUGUAGCUAGUGACUCAAUACGUGGCGAUGUAUUUUUACUAAGUGCUGGAUACAUGAUAGUUAUUAUUUAUAUCAUCAUCAUCCUGGGAAGAUUCAACUGUCUCGACUUCGGGCUUGGUAUUUCCGUGUGUGGUAUUCUGGUGAUAGGGUUAUCACUGGGAUUUUCUUAUGGACUGGCAUCUGCUGCAGGCUGGAAUUACACUCCACUACAUUCUAUCCUUCCUUUCUUGCUGUUGGGUAUUGGAGUGGAUGAUCUGUUUGUAAUCAUGGGUGCCUACAAAAGUUUACCUGCAGGGUAUGAAGACCGACCAGUUCAUGAGCGUAUGGCAAUGACCCUAAAACAUGCUGGAGUUUCUAUCACUGUCACAUCCAUCACUGAUAUGUGUGCUUUUGGAAUUGGUGCUACAACAGUACUGCCAGCGCUGCGGUCCUUCUGUGUGUUUUGCUGCCUGGGCAUAUUUGCCCUGUUCCUGUUGGCGGCGACAUUUUACGUCGGCUGUAUUGCUUUGAGUGCUAAGAGACGUGAUGAUGACAGAAAUGCAUGUAUAUGUUGCUACAGGCACAAUGCUUACUAUCAGCCAAACGAAUGCAGUAAAACAGAAUUAUUUGUCGCAGCAAUGAAGAAGUUUUACGCACCAAAUUUGAUGCGUUUACCAGUAAAGAUAGCAGCUAUGGUUGUGACUGCCAUCUUCCUGGGCUUCGGUAUUUGGGGUUUUGUGGAGCUGAAGCAGGAGAAUAACUCCAUAUGGUUUAUCCCAACGGACUCCUAUCCCUACAAGUAUGACGGUGCCAGUAAUGAAUACUUCAACACAGGGGCUCGAGCGGCAGUCUACUGUAAGAAUAUUGAUUACUUUUCUAGUAAGACCCAGUUUGACUCCCUGUACACUCAGCUAACUGGUAGCAGUGACAUAUCCUCAGGGACAACAGAUAGCUGGUUCAAGUCCUUCACAGACUGGCUCAGCUCUACCUCUACAGCCUCCGUCACCUCCAGACUGGACGCCAAUAAAUAUCCAAGUUCCUCUGUAAAUUUCUACGACCUGUUAUAUGAGUUUGUGACGACUGAGGCUACAGGACUGCGUCACAGGAGCGAACUGGUGUUCACCAACAAUUCCGGAGUCCUUGGCCUGUCUGCAUCCUUCAUUAGAUACACACACAUAGUGUUAACUGACUCGUCUAGCAAAAUUAAAGCUAUGGACGACACUAUGGGCAUCGUGUCGGGACUCUUCCCCAAUGAAAAUUGUUUCGCCUAUGGAAGAUUCUACUUACGAUGGUACACAAACAAGGUUAUCCAGAUGGAGUUGUACAGGAACCUGGCACUAGCUGCUGUCUGUGUGUUUAUUGUAUGUCUCGUACUUAUCGCCAACCUCUUCACCAGCCUUAUGGUCCUGUCCUGUGUCCUCUUUACACUG